CGCGCGCCGCCGCCGCCGCCGCCGCCGCCGCCGCGGAGCUGAGUGGAGGUUGCAGGUGGUGGGGGUUUCAAGGUGAUGGCCCCGAUUGAAGGCCUCGAGGCGGCGUCUGCCACAGUUCCUGCGGUCGCUGCCCGGGCCUUGGUCCGCCCAUCGUCAUGAGAGGAGACAGAGCCUUGAAGCCAAGAACUCUGAAUCACAGAAAAAGUAUUCCAGGGUCAUGCAAGCCAACUGUAGCCAACUGCACAGUUCUCCACAAACUGCAGGUGGUGAGGAUGCCUCAGUCUCCCAGUGUGUCCAAACGAGAUUGACAGGAGAAGCCUCCUGUCUUUAUUCUGGAGAUGUUCAUAUCCAGAUAAACGCCAUACCUAAAGAAUGUGCUGAAAAUCCAAGCUCCAGAAAUGUGAGAUCAGGUGUCCAUAGCUGUACCCAUGGAUGUGUUCAUAGUCGCUUACGGAGUCACUCCCACAAUGAAGCAAGGCAGCCUGAUGAUAACGACUCAGAGUCUGGCGAUCAUGGUAGUAGCUCCUUCUCAGAAUUCCGAUAUCUCUUCAAGUGGCUGCAAAAAAGUCUUCCAUAUAUUUUGAUUCUGGGUGUCAAACUUGUUAUGCAGCAUAUUACAGGAAUUUCUCUUGGAAUUGGGCUGCUUACAACUUUUAUAUAUGCAAACAAAAGCAUUAUAAAUCAGGUUUUUCUAAGAGAGAGGUGCUCAAAGAUCCAGUGUGCUUGGUUACUGGUAUUCUUGGCAGGAUCUUCUGUUCUUUUGUAUUACACCUUUCACUCUCAGUCACUUUAUUACAGCUUAAUUUUUUUAAAUCCCACUUUGGACUAUUCGAGUUUCUGGGAAGUACUUUGGAUUGUUGGAAUUACAGACUUCAUUUUGAAAUUCCUCUUCAUGGGCUUAAAAUGCCUUAUUUUAUUGGUGCCUUCUUUCAUCAUGCCUUUUAAAUCCAAGGGUUAUUGGUAUAUGCUUUUAGAAGAGUUAUGUCAGUAUUACCGAACGUUUGUUCCCAUACCAGUUUGGUUCCGUUACCUUAUAAGCUAUGGGGAGUUUGGUAAUGUAACUAGAUGGAGUCUUGGAAUAUUGCUGGCUUUACUCUACCUCAUACUAAAACUUCUGGACUUUUUUGGACAUCUGAAAACUUUCACACGGGUUUUGCGAAUAUUUUUUACACGACCAAGUUAUGGAGUGGCUGCCAGCAAGAGACAGUGUUCAGAUGUGGAUGAUAUUUGUUCAAUAUGUCAAGCUGAAUUUCAAAAGCCAAUUCUUCUCAUCUGUCAGCAUAUAUUUUGUGAAGAGUGCAUUACUUUAUGGUUUAACCGAGAGAAAACAUGUCCGCUGUGUAGAACCAUGAUUUCAGACCACAUAAACAAGUGGAAAGAUGGAGCUACUUCAUCUCAUCUUCAAAUAUAUUAAAUUCAAAACUUAAUAUUAAGACUACAAAACACUAAUUUUAUUUGGUUACAGUGACUAUGGAUAAAGACACUAGAAUGGAUUUUGAGGGCUAGAAGUUAAUGAAAAUGUUUCCAAAUGGUUUUAGAUUAUAGUAAUAAAUUGUAUAGUCCAGUUUAUUAAGAGUAAAUCAAAAAACCCUAUAUUUAAGUAUAUAUCUAUAAGUAAUGUUCAACCCAAUGCAUAUGCAACAUGUAUUCUAUCCUCAUUAUUUGACAGAUUGCAGUGUUAAAUUGUAAAUGUUUUCUUGUUAAUAUUACCAAAAUGACAACUGAGUAACUAGAACUAGGGUUUAAGAGGAAUGCAGAUAUCCUUUCCUGACACUGUUUUCAAAAUAAACAAUAUUUUUCAUAAUAUUUUAAGAUAUAUAUUACCUGAAAGAAUUUUCUUUAGCAUUGACUUUUUUAAUUCCCAUUCUAAAAAUCCUAAAAUUUUUCAUGAAAUUUGUAUUUUUAAAUGAAAAUUUAAAUGCUGUAUUUUAUUUGUACAAUCAGAUUUUUAAAGGAAGAUAAAUUUAUUAAGGAUGAAAUAUUUUAAUAUUGUAUUAUUCUCUACAGUAUGAUUAACAGUCAUUCAGAACAGAUGAUUUAAAUUCCUUUUCUUUGUGGAUAUCACACAUACAAUCCUGCUAUCAGCUUUAAUGUUCUUGAUCUUGCUUUUUGUAUAGUGUCAUGGACUUUCUAUUAAAAUAAUUCACAUGGU